AUGGCCGCGCUCACAGCCUCCGCGCUGCUGCUCGCCGUGGUGCACCCGUCCCGCGUCUCUCGCAGCCACGUCGAGCACCCUCGCUCCGUCUGCAGGCGCUGCCGAAGGCCGGCGCGUCAGCACUGCGUCUGUGCUGAGCUGCCUCCGGCCCCGAUCGCGGUCCAGACGCGUGUGUUGAUCCUGCAGCACCCCCGCGAGUCAAGAAAGGCAAUGUGUUCCGUGCCGCUCAUACCGCUAUGCCUGCGCGAAGCUGAGGUCGUGCAGGCGCCGAUGCCGUUUGAGGCGGGAAGCUGCUUCACGGCCGAGGGCCUCGAGCCGCUGCAGCGAUCGAUCCGCGAGGGGUACGAGCCGCUGCUGCUUUUUCCGGGCGAGGGAGCGGUGCCGUUGGACGCGGCCGCUGGCUGGCCACAGCCUCGUGCCUCGUCAAAGCAGAGCUCCGCCACACGGAGGAGUCGGGAGAGGCGGCGCAAGCUGCUUGUGCUGAUCGACGGCACGUGGAGCCAGGCGCGGGCGAUGAUGCGCCACUCCCCCAGCCUCGCCGCGGCGUGCACGCUCGUCAUGUUUGAGCGCCCCGCGCAGCCAAUCAUCGCCGCGGUGAGGCGCGAGCCUGAGCGGCACUGCGUCUCCACCCUCGAGGCGUGCGCGAGGGCCCUGCGGCUGGUCGAGCCCACAUCGGCGGCGGAGGAGGCGGCCGCCGCCAUGGAGCGGGGCUUGCGCGCCUUGGUAGGAAGGCAGCUGGCAGCCGCGGAGGCGGACAGGCGGCCGCGCUACUGGCGGCGGGCGGAGCAGCCGACGGCGGAGACGGCGGCCGGGGCGGCGGCGGGGCCGACUCCCGGCGUCGGCGGAGGGGGCUGCAGACAGGGCGGCGCGUCGUGCGACACCGAGCCGCGGCGGUCGCCCGGAGACGAGUCGAGGUCAGCGAGGUUUGCGGAGGGCUGGACGGAUGGAGGCUGGACGGAGGUCUCCAUCCGCACCGGCGCACCCGUCGGUGGCUCGUCGCCUCGCUCCGCGGCAGCAGCCCUCUCCCGCGGCGACUCGGUCCUCCUGCUGCCUGGCGUCGGAGCUCCGGCCGAGUGCGAGGCCGUGGUGAGGGCAUGCGCGGCGUCGCUCCACGGCGGUCAGAGCCUGGUGCGGCUGCCCAGCAUCGCGGCCGCCCAGCUCGCCUCUUCCUCCGAGCUGGCCUUCGAGUGGGAGCCUGCCGCCGACGCGCCGCUGACGGCGCUGCCCGCGGAGGCGGACGAGCUGUGCGCGCGCAUUCUGCGGCGCGCGCUAUUUGCGGUGGACCAGGCGCUCGCCCCCGUGUCCGUCUCGCAGUUUGGCACCGCACGCGUCAGCGCGCUGCUCGACGCGGGCGAGCUCGAGUUUGCCGAGCGGGAGCCGGCCGUGAACGUGUACAGCGAGGGCGGCGCUUUCCACCCGCACUGCGACCAGCAGGGCCUGACGGUGCUCGUCCCGCUCUCCGCGGGGCACGGCGGCGGCGGCACGGGGUUCUGGGCUCGCGAGGAGGCGACGGGGCGCGGCGGGGGAGAGGAGGCCGCCGACGGGGAGGAGGAGGGCUGGGAGGAGGAGGAGGAGGAGGUGAUGCGGCGGGCGGCGGAGCCGGCGACGGCGGUGCUGCGCCCAGCGAGAGGGACUGCGCUGCUCUUCUCCGGCGACGUGCUGCACGCUGGGCUCCCUGUGCAGCGCGGCUCGCGGGUGGUACUCGUGGCGAGCUUCAGUGGCGUGCGCUUCUGGCCGGACGAGAGGCAUCGCCCGGUGGGAGCCCCGACCUACUCGGUCCUGCAGGCGGUGUCGGAAGGAGAUGGAUAG